AUGAGCGGACAACAGUAUUACCCGUACAAGUGCACCCCCACUGUGUACCCCGCGGAGCCUUUCGAGCCCGCGGCGGAUGCGGAAACACUCCGCAAGGCCAUGAAAGGCUUCGGAACAGACGAAAAAGCCAUUAUCAACGUCCUUUGCAGACGAGGCAUCGUCCAACGUCUGGAAAUCGCUGAAACUUUCAAGACUAACUAUGGAAAGGACUUGAUCAGCGAACUUAAAAGCGAAUUAUCCGGCAAUCUUGAGAAUGUGAUCGUAGCUCUCAUGACGCCUUUGCCACAUUUCUACGCUAAAGAACUACACGACGCUGUUGCGGGCAUCGGAACUGAUGAAGAAGCUAUCAUUGAGAUCCUCUGCACCUUGUCAAAUUACGGCAUCAGGACUAUUUCGGCUUUCUACGAGCAAUUAUAUGGCAACAGUCUAGAAUCUGAUCUGAAAGGCGACACCUCGGGUCAUUUCAAGCGUCUAUGCGUGUCUCUGUGUAUGGCCAACCGUGAUGAGAACGCCGGUGUCGAUGAAGGCGCCGCUAAGGCUGAUGCUGAAGCCCUAGCCUCCGCUGGCGAAGGUCAAUGGGGUACCGACGAGUCCGUGUUCAAUUCUAUCCUUAUCACUCGCUCUUAUCAACAACUUAGACAGAUUUUCGCUGAAUACGAAGCACUAGCAGGCAAAGACAUUGAGGAGACAAUCAAGAAGGAAUUUUCUGGAAGUAUCGAGAAGGGAAUGCUUGCUAUUGUGAAGUGCGUGAAGAGCAAAGUGGGCUUCUUCGCUGAGCGUCUGUAUUACUCAAUGAAGGGUAUUGGAACCAACGAUAAGACUCUUAUCAGAAUUAUUGUCAGUCGCUCAGAAAUCGAUCUUGGAGACAUCAAACAGGCCUUCCUUGAAAAAUUCGGAAAACCCUUAGAGGACUGGAUCUCUGUGAGUAUAUUUUUAAACUAUUCUAUGUUUUUAUUAUUAAAUUGGUUGCUCAAUAUAAAAAUAGUUUAA